AUGGCUGAUGAAACUAAUAUCUUCCUGGAGAUCAUGCAAAACGAGAGAGACGAUCGUCGAAAGAAAAUCAACAAGAGAAAACUUCAAAAGCAUAGUGAUCGACAGGAGAUGCGGAACUCUGAUGAUCAAAACCAGGAGGAAGUUGAAGAAAUCUGUUCUAAACCUAAUAUCGUGAAAGAUUCUGAUAGGUUUAAGAGGAGGAAGACGACGACGGAGGAAGAUCCUGAGGCCAUUGGAUUACUUGUUGAGCAAGUAAUGAGUCUAAUGGAGGUUGCUGCCGAAGAAGACAUUGAGCUCAACAGGCAAAACAAACCUGCUAUUAAAAAGAUCCAGAUGCUGCCUCUUCUUACCUAUUUUCUUUCUGAGAAACAUCUUCAACAAGAGUUUUUGGAUCAUGGGAUUUUGAGUUUGUUCAAGAAUUGGCUCCAACCUCUUCCCGAUGGAAGCUUACCAAACGCCACUCUUCGAGCUUCGAUUUCGAAUAUCUACAAAAUCAUGUUCAAGAAAUCAUUGAAGAAGCAAUCAGCAAUGGAAGCGAGGGAGGCCAAGAAAUCACGUUCAAGCAAUCAGCAAGAUAUUGAGGCCAUUGAUCCUGAAGAGCCUACCGAGGAAGAUAUGAACACAUUCUUCUCUAGCUUAGAGUCUAAGCUUUCGAGCUCUAAAAUCGAUGUUUCUCAAGAAGAAGCAAGGGAAGCACUGGCUAAAUUAGACGAAGCCAUGAAUAUGACCCCUGUUGAGUUUUACAAUUCAGGGCAGUUUUCUCCACUUAAGAAUGCAUUCAAGAUCCUUGCUGGUUUUAAUAGUUCCUCUACCACGCUUACAAUUGAGCAAAAAAACGAGUUGUUGGGCAUGGAGGAAAGCUUGAAAGAACUAGCAGACCGAGCAGCGAAAGCGGUGGAGGACAAGAACAACCUUAGGGAGAAGGAGUCUAUGAAGCAGACGAUUUCUCAUAACUUGGAUAGUAAUCUAGUCAAAUAUAAAGAGAUGGGAUCAGAGGUGAAACGGGUAGAGCAAAUACUUGCUGCCUUCCAUGAGCUAGUUGAAGAAGCAGAAAAGGAAAGGGAGAACAUAGUAGCUGAACAAAAGGGGAUAUUCAGAAGUUCGAAGAAAAUGAAAAUGGAGUUGGAAGCAUUGGAAGAGAAAUGGGAAGAGUAUGAGGCCAAAGCAAAGGUUGCUGAGAAGGAAGAGAAGACUGUUGAGGCUGAAUGGGGAAGAAUCAAAUAUUUCAUCUCUUCUGUAAAGGAAAAGAUGUGA